CUGUACAGAACAGGGAAAUUGAAGCAUGAAUCAUUUCUGUUCACAACACUGUAUUUGGUCCAUUCAUUCAACGUUUUACUGUAAUUUCUAGCUUGCGUCAGAUAAAAUCCGUAGGUUUGGUUGGAUUGAAAGUACAUUUGUUUUAAAACAUGCUUCGCAAAAGGACAGCAGCUUCAGAUGACAGUGUAAGAAGCCCAAAAGUUGAUAAAAACAAGGCACCGAGCACUGAUGAAGGUGCUGGCGGUGAGAAUAACAAGGGAAUAUGGUCCACCUUUACUUCCGUAGGAAAAGUUUUGCUCCUCAUCAUAUUCGUCCCCCCCUUUCUGAAUUAUGCAUCAUUACAGCGAGAGGGACAAAUGCUUCAGCCUAAAGGGGCUCUAUCAGUAGAUAUUGGUCUAGGUCAGAAGAUAAUCCUAAUGUGCAAAGGAAAGGGGCAACCUGUUGUAAUGCUGGAUUCUCCUACCGGUAUGUCAUCUGAUGUUUGGUUCCACUUACAGGAAGAAAUUUCACAUGUAACAAAGGUAUGCACAUACGACAGGGUCGGCCUUGGAUUCAGUAAACGGGCCAUUCAGAACGAAACCACUGGAAUGGAGAAAGUCUGGGGACCGUCAACAACCGGAAGAAUGGUAGAUGACCUACAUCGUCUCAUCAAAUCAGCUGAGAUUGCCACGCCUCUCAUCCUGGUGGGGUCCGAACUGGGCACGCUCAAUGGGAGAUUCUACAGCCACAUUCACGAUUCGGAGGUGUUGGACCUCGUGCUCAUCGAUCCCAUCCCAGAGGACCUCUUUCAGGAGGAUCAGUGGUGGCAGUACUGGUACACACAGUUGGUGCCCUCCCUCCAGGUCCUGCAGUUCUCUGCAGCCACUGGGCUGAAUAGGAUGUUCAUUAUCCUGGGUCUGAUGGAGCCGGCCAUGAAGGGGGAGGGGGUCCCUGAGGACCUGCUACAGCGUCAGAAAUACUUCCUCAGCAACCCAGCUCACCAGAGCAGCGCGGUGGACGAACACUUUUUCAUGAACGAGAGUGCAUCCCAAGUCAAGGAAAUUUCUAAAUACAAACCUCUUUCAAGCAGGACAUCGGUGACUGUGAUUACUGGUGACUCUUUUGACGAAGAACUCCCUGCUCAUCUCAACCAGCUCGUAGCUACGCUUCAGAAGAAGUGUCUGGAAGAGUCUUACCCCUCAGCUAAACACAUUCGUGUCGACGGGGCAGACCGCAAAACGAUCUACAAAAGGCCCUCUGCAAUUAGCAAGCAUUUAAUGAAGAUGAUAGCACAGAGACAGUCUAAAAAACAGAGCCAAUGACAAGGUGCCAAAUAUUGCAACUUUCCAAAAAGAAAGGAGCGUUUUUUUAAUUCAAGCUUUUCUUUAUGAACAGCUGUGCUAUACUUUGGUUUUGGAAGAUGUUUGUCAGGGAGAGUUCACACACAAAAUAUUUUUUUUUUGUAAAAGACAAUUUAUUUUUUGGUUUCAGUUGUAAUUUUGUUCAGUGAAGCUGUAUUUUUUACUUGAUUAAAGGUGUAAUUACAAUACAA